UGCUAGGCUCAACCAGCGGCAGCGUCUACUUGUUCUCCAGAGAACCAUGUUCGUUUCUUCAAAUAAUACCCCUAUCGGAGGGUGUGGUCACACGUGUGGCGAUAUCACCUGACGAGAAGACCGUAGCCUUAGCCACCACUCGCGGUACCGUCUGUCUAGUCUCUCUAAAAUCCACUCCGCAACUUAUGUCGGUAUCGACGGAGCACGUGUAUAAACAGAUCACUUGUAUCUGCUGGAACAAUAACAGUACCGAGAUAUACGUGGGAGAUGCAGUCGGCAGGGUCUCCGUCAUGGUGCUGUCCGUAUUCACGGUCAACGGAAUGUUUCAAACUCCGGCAUGCACGCUCAUGAAUCUGGAUUCCAGCAUCGUGCAAUUGAGCUUCCUCUCGCCUCUGUUGCUGGUCUCCACGUUAACGCGUUGUUACAUCUGUAACACAAUGCUGGAGCAGUACAAACAGAUAGGCAAUAAACCGCGGAACGGGGAGUUCGGCGCGUGUUUCCACACGCGCGAGAACACCACUUCGAACACACAGAGGGAGGAGAAAAACAUCAAUGACGCGCGGGGCGC